CCUACAGUAAAUAACCGGAGAGCGCGCUCCCGUCACACUUCGCCAUUUUGAAUCGAAAAUAUGACCGAUUUUUUCUCGACUCGCAUGUGAGCGCCUGAGUCCGUCGAGCCUCGCAAAGCUGUGUGAGCCGCUCCGUUUGAAAGAGUGAGAGGUCCAGUGCAGCAUGCGCCGUCCUCUGGAGAGAUAGCCGCUUCUCGAGGGUCGGCGUCCGGAGAGAGAUCACCCGAGCAGCGUUAGCGUUAGAGCGGAGCUUCACGGGCAAAACACAUCGGUACUCCAACUCCACACCGAGCUGAGAGUGUCCUUCUAAGGCGUGUGUUCUGAGGAGGCCCGGGUGGGAAGUGGACCCCAUGCUGAUUAAUGCCAGGCCGCUCUGUGCUCUCUGCAUUCUGCCACUCAAAUGCCUGUCUGCUUGUGGAGGAGGUGUAAUUAAGGAUUCACUUAUUUCAUCUGCUGGUCUGUGCUUCCUUCUGCAGCCGCCACCAUGUUCUGGAAGUUUGACCUGCACACCACCUCCCAUAUCGACCAGCUGCUGGACCGGGAGGACGUGACUCUGAGGGAAUUGAUGGAAGAGGAAGAUGUAUUGCAGGAGUGCAAGGCCCAGAACCGCAGGCUCCUGCUCUUCCUCUCCCAGGAUCACUGCAUGCAGGAGUUGGUCAGCCUGAUCACAGAGGAGCCCUCUUCUGACCUGGAGGAAAAAACGCGCUUCAAGUUUCCAAAUAUCGCCUGUGAACUCCUCACUUCUGAUGUUUCCCUCAUUAAUGAUAAGCUGGGUGGAGAUGAAUCUCUGCUGGAGAAACUCUAUCGUUUCCUUGAGCAGGAACCACCCCUCAACCCCCUGCUGGCUUCCUUUUUCAGCAAAACCAUCGGCAACCUGAUAGCGCGCAAAACGGAGCAGGUGAUUUCAUUCCUGAGGAAAAAACACAACUUUAUCGGUUUGGUGCUGAACCACUUAGAUGCGUCAGCCAUGAUGGACCUCCUCCUGCGCCUCAUCAGCUGUGUGGAGCCAGCCCCUCUCAGACAAGAGGUCCUCAAUUGGCUGAAUGAAGAGCGGCUGAUCCAGAGGCUCACUGAGCUCAUGCACACGGGGAGAGAUGAAGAGAGACAAUCGAAUGCGUCCCAGACUCUUUCCGACAUCAUCCGUCUCAGUAGAGACCAGGCCAAUCAGAUGCCAGAGGCCAUGGAGCCAGACCCUUUAUUGACGGUCCUAGAGUCAGAAGAGAAUGUGGCGCAACUUCUAAAGAGCAUGUUUGAGGGGGAGAAGAGCGAAGCUUCUGUUGUCAAUGGAACUCAAGUGCUUCUUACCUUACUGGAGUCAAGGAGGUCAGGGCUGGAGGGUCUAAUGGAACUGUAUUCUCAGGGAUGUGAAAGGUCUUACACUGUCAGUGGCAGUAUUCUACGUGCUAUUGAGCCUCAUCUAAAAGACUUCCAGCAACUCCUACUGGACCCUCCUAAGAAAAGUGCAAUACUUACAACCGUUGGCGUUCUGGAGCAACCGCUGGGGAACGCCCGCCUUCAUGUGGCCAGAUUGGUGGCCUCCCUGCUGCAGACCAGUGACCACAACGUCUGCCAGGAGCUCUGCAGGCUUAACACCAUGGACCUGCUGCUGGAUUUAUUCUUUAAAUACACCUGGAAUAACUUCUUGCACUUCCAAGUGGAGCUGUGUGUGGCGUCAAUUCUAAACCACUCUGCUCACACGGGUCUCCAGACCCCAACUCUUCAGAACCACGAUGAGAAACCUGUUCAAAGCUCCGAAAGCCAGAAAGAGGAGGGGACUUCAGGCCAGAAUAGCAAUGCAGACCCAGCACACACACCCAUUCACGAUGCCUUGGUGGUCAAUCUUUUCCAGCAGUGCCGCUUGGUGCAAAGGAUCCUGGAUGCCUGGGAGGAAAAUGACAGAAUUCAGGCUGAAGGUGGCACCAGGAGAGGAAACAUGGGGCAUCUGACUAGAAUUGCCAACACUGUGGUUCAGAACCUGGAGAAAGGACAGGUGCAGUCUCAAAUUAGUGAUUUGAUUAAAGAACUGCCUGAGGACUGCAGAGGGCGUUGGGAGAGUUUUGUAGGUGAAACUCUGAGAGAAACAAACAGGAGAAACACCGUUGACUUGGUGAGCACCCAUAAUCUGCAUUCCUCCAGUGAGGAUGAUGACAUGGAGAGCCCCUUCCCUAAUGACCUGUCCAUCCAACAGGCAUUCUCUGAUUAUCAGAUCCAGCAGAUGACUGCCAACUUUGUUGAUCAGUUUGGCUUUAAUGAUGAGGAGUUUAGUGAACAUGAUGAAAACAUCAAUGCUACUUUUGAUCGGAUUGCUGAGAUUAACUUCAAUAUUGAUGCAGAUGAUAAUAGUGCCAAUGCUGCUGCCUUUGAGGCAUGUUUCAAAGAGAGAAUACAGCAGUUUGAUGACUGUGAAGAGGAAGAGGACAUUUGGGAGGAUAAAGAGAUAAACUAUGCAACUCAAGUGAAAUCCCGAUCAAGGUUUGGGGUGUCUUCGUCCUCAGACAGCUCACCUAAGGGUCCUGUGAGGAAUGGACAAAGGGGCCGCGGGUCGGCCUCAGAGGAGGAGGAAGACGAAGAAGGAGCCGUUCAGCCCUCCACGCAAACAGCAACCAGCAAGAAGACGGGGUCACCACAGACUCCACAGAAUCCUGGCUGGACAGCAGGUUUUGGGGAGGCAGAGGACCGCUCCUCCAGUUCCUGGGCUUCUGCUUCUGAGCGGGGCGGUGAGGAGCAGCGGAAUACGGGUUGGGCCAAUUUCACGGAGUUCCAGCCUUUCUGCAGCAGCUCAGAGUCCGGUAACUCAGAGAGCCAGCCAGAGCAGAGCCAAGAGAAGAAAUGCCCAGGAGAAUGGGAGGGGUGUAGAGGUCGGAAGGCUCCUCUGGUAGCCUCAGAUAGCAGCUCUUCUGGUGGCUCAGACAGUGAAGAAGAGAUGGGAAAUGACAAGACAGAGGGCUCUCCUAAGACAGCCACCGGUCAGAAAACAGCAACCCAGAGUGAGGUGCCUGCUGAAUCUAUGGAGAAGCUCACUAUUACAGAUGGGGCCCCUAAGGUCACAGAGUCAACAACACCUACAGAGCUUGAGGCACCCAAAGGCGAUUCAGAAAACACCACUGUGACAGACAAGAGAGUUGAUGCACCCUCUGAAAUCACACCCAAUGGACCGAUCUGAAGGCUUUUAAUACGAAGCCAGACAAAAACCUGGUCAAACCCACUUUUGCCGCUUCCAUUCUUAACCCCCAAAACCUCAAUACCACUUUUGGUGUUAAAAAUAAAUGAUGCUGCCAUGUUAUUGGACCUGGAUACUGCCAAUCAGCACCCGCCAUUGCAGGAAGAGGAGGCGAGGGGCAUGUAACACAAACCAGUAACCAGAACAGUGCUCAGAGGAGUUAGUCUUUUUAAUCCUUUUAACUUUGUAUGAAAUAUGCACAGUUUUAAUGUAGCAGUGAUCUUUCAGUUACUGGAUCAUUAAGGAUUCUUCUUUUUGUAUGUUUGCUUUCCCCUCUUAAUUAAUUUUUGGCAGGAACGUUCACAUACAAGCAGACCGUUGAAACUGGGAUAUAAAGGCCCUCAUAGGAAAGCACAGGUUAAUAAAUCCUUCUGUAACUUAAGCCUCUUACAGGUCCUCACUCAAAUCAAAAUGUUGUUGCUUAAUAAGCACUUAUGCAAGCAUUCACUGUAUAUUUAAGCACAACUGAAAAGUAUUAUUUAAACCUUUGUUUUUAUUGAAGGGCAUCCCAUUGGUUGAGUUAAUGAGGGUA